AUGCUCACUUCCUUGCGUGAAUUAAAGUUAAACUCUGCAAAUCUACAAGCUUACAUACCUGAACGAUUUCAAAUUAAUUCGACAUUUAUCGAUGUCAUAAAUUAUUCACUUCUUCUUCCACCCGAUAGUCUUCCUUCCACUUUAAUCAUAAAUUAUGGAGUAACACAAGAAGAUGUGCUUAUGGAUCUACCACAGAGAAAAACAAAAAUAAAGCCAAAAACAGCGAAAAAAUCUUUCUCGUGCUAA